CACCAGAUCGGGUCAGGACGGGUGUGAACGCUGCUCCCUGCUAUCACGGAGAAGGAAGCAAGAAACCUGCAUGGUGAAGAGUGGGAGUCGAUCUUCGAAAACAUUCAAACCCAAGAAGAACAUUCCCGAAGGCUCCCAUCAGUAUGAACUCUUGAAACAUGCGGAAGCGACUCUGGGGAGCGGUAACCUUAGACAAGCGGUUAUGUUGCCGGAGGGAGAGGACCUUAACGAGUGGAUCGCAGUUAACACGGUGGAUUUCUUCAACCAAAUCAACAUGCUGUAUGGGACCAUUACGGAGUUCUGCACGGAGGCGAGCUGUCCGGUCAUGUCUGCAGGACCGAGGUACGAGUACCACUGGGCAGACGGCACCAACAUAAAGAAGCCGAUCAAGUGUUCGGCUCCGAAGUAUAUUGAUUACUUGAUGACGUGGGUCCAGGACCAGCUGGAUGAUGAAACGCUCUUCCCUUCAAAGAUCGGUGUCCCUUUUCCCAAGAACUUCAUGUCAGUGGCCAAGACGAUCCUGAAGCGGCUGUUCCGCGUGUACGCUCACAUCUACCACCAGCACUUCGAUUCCGUCAUGCGGCUGCAGGAGGAAGCCCACCUCAACACCUCCUUCAAGCACUUUAUCUUCUUUGUGCAGGUGAGUUGCGAAAUGGUGGCCAGUUGCCUGCCUCUGGGGUUUCUUGUUCCCCACUUGCUUUUAAAGGGAGUUGGAUUUUAAGCGCCUCCUUGCUCUUUGAAGAUCUACAGCUGUGGCAUGUGCUGGAAGAUAGGCUCAGCUCCUGCCCUCUGUACCAUGCAAACUGUGCAGCUGCAGUGCUGUGGGUUUGUGGUGUUGGGUUUGGGUUUUUUUGCAGGAAGUGUGGCACAGUUGGCUUUCAAUGCUUGAAUGUCCCUCUGAGGUUUUAGCUAUUGGCCUGCAGCAAAAGAGACCAGGCUUGGAGGAGAACUUGGGCGUUUUAUAGCUGAAGAAUUGACUUGGAAAUAGCAGCAGCACCUUUUUUUCUCCCCCCCAUGACAGUGUUUCAACAGCCUGUCCUGUGACCACAUAUGCAACUCAGCAUGCAGCACAGCAUGGUACUUCUCAGCAACAUGGCAUAAAGUUUUUUGUUGUCUUACUGCUUGAAUUUCUCCACAGAGAAAUGGGAGAGGUGGCUGCUGCAGCAAUGCCUGUUUAGUGUUUCUCUUGGGAGCUGGCAUGCACUGACACAGCAACUUCCCAGCAUGCAUAUGGUGGCUGGAUGUGUUUUCCAGCAGCUCUUUGAGAGGUGCCUUUAGUUUUUGUGCUGUUUUUUUUCCCCUGCUAGGAAUUCAACUUGAUCGACAGGCGGGAGUUGGCUCCUCUGCAGGAACUGAUUGAGAAGCUGGGCUCCAAGGACAGAUAAACUCUCCCUGGGUGGACCCUUUCAGCCAUUCCUUUCUGCUUUGUACGCCAGCCACUUCUAUGCUUCACCUUCAGCGAUGCAAGCCCUGAGAUGCCAGGCAGUGCUCCGAGUGGCAUCAGUCUCAGAGGCCAAGCAUCGCUUCUACAGUGCAGCAGCAGCCACCACCACAGCCUG